CAAUAUUGUUGACGAGGCUGCAUUAGCGCUGACCUUCAGCUGAAUGUGAUGUGACGUGUUACCCCGCCCUGCGCAGCCUCGUCAGUACGGGUGCUAUAUUAGUGGAACAUUAUCUCACGUUCCAAUUUAAUGCUGACAGUAAUUAAGAGCAUCGUGAUAAUUUCAACGCAAAUAUGGGUUCUCGACAACUCACCCAUGACGCCUACAGCGUGGGGUGGGUGUGCGUGCUCGACACGGAGAUGGACGCAGCAAGAGCACUUCUUGACGAAGAAGACGAAUCGCUUGAUCCAGGGGCAGGCGACGAUAAUAGCUACACCCUUGGUCGAAUGGGGAGACACAACGUUGUCAUUGUCGCACCGGACUCGUACGGAACCAAUCCCGCCGCUCAGACGGUCACAAAUAUGCUGCGGACAUUUCCGAAGAUUCGAUUUGGGUUGAUGGUUGGGGUUGGAGGGGGCGCACCAAAAGAACCGGAUCUAGAAGAUACCAGAAAAGAUAUUCGAUUGGGAGAUGUGGUUGUUAGUGAGCCUCGGGGUAGUCAUGGGGGUGUUCUUCAAUAUGACAUGGGAAAAUGGAAAGACGAUCAGAUAAAAAUCGAGUCUCAUCUGAAUAAACCACCUGGAAUUCUCCUCAAGGCAAUGAAGAAAUUGCGAGCCGACCAUCGGUUUAAGAAAGGGAAGAUGCAGGAAUACAUACGGGACUUUGCAGAGAUAGCGAAGGAUCUACCAGAACUGGCAGGAUGCCAAUUUCCUGGCCGGGAAAGCGACCUACUAUUUGAAGCAGGCUAUGCUCACCUUCCUGGCACAGAUUGCAGCAAUUGCGAUGCUGAACAUAUUAUGAAGCGACUUCCUCGAGAGAGCUAUGUUGUUCACUACGGUCUCAUCGCAUCUGGAAACGCUGUCAUCAGAUCUGCACAGCGCAGGGAUGAACUACGAGAUGCGUGGGACGUCCUUUGCUUUGAAAUGGAAGCAGCAGGUCUCAUGAACAGCUUUCCCUGCAUUGUCAUCCGCGGAAUAUGCGACUAUUCCGACGGCCACAAGAACAAACGGUGGCAACCGUAUGCGGCUGUCGUGGCUGCAGCAUAUGCAAAAGAUCUCCUUCGAGUGGUUCUCCCUCAACAGAUUGAAGAAACAGAUACUGCGGCUAGAAUUAUCGGGAACUUCACUGACGCCAUUUGCAGAAUGGAACAAGGCAUAUCGACAAUAGAGACAAGAGCAAUGGAUGGAAAGAGAGAUGAAAUUCUCAACUGGCUUACCCCCGUUGACUACGAACUCGAGCAAAGCAACAUAUUCAGCAGGCAUGAACCAGGCACGGGACGGUGGUUGCUAGAUUCAGAAGAAUAUCAAGCCUGGGCCAGUCAAACAAUGCAGACCUUAUUUUGUCCAGGAAUUCCUGGUGCAGGCAAAACUGUCCUCUCUUCCAUAAUCAUCAGCCAUCUCGAUUCCCAGUUCGGAAAUGACUCGGAUGUCGGAAUAGCGUUUGUGUAUUGCAGCUAUCGAACAGGGUCGCAACAUAAGCCUGCUGAUGUACUGCUGGGUAUCUUGGGACAGCUUGCAAGGAAGCGACAGACAAUCCCUGAAGACAUCGUGGGUGUUUAUGAGAACUAUAAAAGAAAAGGGACCCGCCCGACGACGGAAAAGAUCGCAGGCAUGCUUGAGUCCAUUUCCAAUUUGUACACCAAAGUCUUCAUCAUUGUCGAUGCUCUGGACGAAUACUACCAUCUCAAUAUGGAGGGAUUCAGUCAGCUCUUAUCCCAACUCUUCCGUCUCCAAGCGAAAACAUCGUUUAAUCUCCUUGCGACAUCACGAUUUAUCAAUGAAAUUACGUCUAGGUUUGAUGGCUGCAUAUGGAAAGAAAUCCUCGCGCAAGAUAGCGAUAUCCUAUGCUUUCUGAAUGCUCGCAUACCAAAGCUCCUCCAAUCGCAGAUAUCGAAACAUCUCGACGUUCAAGAGAAAAUCAGAAGCAAUAUAUUGAAAUCAGCCAACGGGAUGUUUCUUCUUGUACGUCUUCAUAUUGACUCUCUUUCAGGCGAGGUCACUGUCGGAGACCUUGAAAUCGCGUCCGCAAAACUGCCUCGGGGAGAGAGACGACUUGACGAAACUUAUCGCCAAGCCAUGAGAAGAAUUCGGAAUCAGCCAGAAGGUCACCAGCAGUUCGCCAGCGAAAUUCUAUCCUGGUUAACCUACAGCAAGAGAGCGCUUUCGCUUACUGAAAUACAACAUGCUCUUGCUGUCAGGCCGGAAAUGGCAGAGUUGGACUCGAGAUUCAUCCCUGAUUCUGGAAUUCUUGGUUCCAUUUGUGCUGGAUUGGUCACAAUGAACCAGAAUAGUGCUACAAUUCACCUGGUUCAUUAUACCGUAAAGGAAUACUUCGAGCGAACAGCCCAAUUCCCCGAUGCUGAAGAUACAAUCUCGAAAACUUGUAUCAGGUAUCUUUCAUUCCAAAUCUUUGAUACCGGAUUUUGCUCAACAGACGAUGAAUUUGAGAUACGACUACGGAACAAUUCACUUUACGCUUAUUCUGCACAAUACUGGGGAUACCACAAAAGCACAAGUCACGAAACGGAUUUGUUGGCAGUUCAACUCCUUGAAAAUAAGCCAAAAGUAGCUGCUGCCAUCCAGGCUAUGUUUGUGUCCGAACAAGACCUCAAGCCCCCAACAUACAGCCAGAAAGUCCCGAAAAACGCGACGGGAAUGCACCUGGCGGCAUAUUUUGGACGAAUCGAUUUGAUGGAGAUGUUGUUACUACAAAGGAACGACCCGGACCUUAAAGACAGCAAAUGGCGAACUCCAUUGUCAUGGGCCGCGGAUAAUGGCCACAUCACAGCAGUUAAGUUCCUUCUUACCUCGGAGGGUGUUAACCCAAAUUCUAUGGAUACAAGUGGAUAUACACCACUCGCACGGGCAACUUUGCACGGCUACAGAGAUGCCGUAGAGGCCUUACUUUGGGACAAUCGUGUCAACCCUGAUCCGAAGGACAGCUUUGGCAGGACGCCACUUUCGAGAGCUGCAGAGAAAGGCCACGAAGAUAUAGUGCAGCUGCUUGUCGCAAAAAGCAAUGUGAACGCAGGCUCAGAAGACAGAUUUGGUCAGACCCCACUUUGGUGGGCUUUAAGGAUGGGGCGACGAAGUAUCGUCAAUAUAUUGCUCGCCUUACAUACCAAAAAAUCAAGUGAUGUUGAGAUACACCUGUGGAUGGCCUUGCAGCGAAAUUCCAAACUGGCACUGAAAGCGCUCCUUGACAGCGAACAUGUCAAUUUGAACUGCCCAGGGGUAAAUGGACUGACACCACUUUGGUGGUCGCUCAAAAAUGGCUAUUUGGAUAUCAUGGAGAUGCUCCUCUCACGGAGUCGAGUGGAUGUCAACAGUCGGGAUUUGCAUGGAAAUACGCCGUUGUCAUGGGCUGUUUCGAGUGGAAACAUCACAACAGUCGAGUUGCUGCUGGCUGUGGACAAUAUCGACAUCUAUGCUGAAGAUUGGGUCGGUUCAAGUCCCCUUUCGAUAGCAGUCAAGAAUCGAUAUGACAAAAUUGUCGAGCUUCUUCUUCAAAAGAGUGAUGAUCUAGACUCCCAAUAUGUGGAAAAUCUACUUUCAGUUGCCGCUAAGAAUCUCCAUAAGAAUGUUAUCAGGCUUCUUCUUGAAAGGGCUGCUGAUAAAGAAUGUGGAGAUCUAUCUGAAGAAAACCUACCAGCAGCUGCAGUCAGGAAUAGCGAUGUGAAAAUAGUCAAGGCUCUUCUUGAGAAAUUCGGUGAUACAAACGUCCGAUCUCUGCUUUCAGUUGUAGUUGAUAAUGGCCAUGAGGGUAUUUCCAGCCUUCUUCUCGAGAAGACUAGUAAUAUAUACCCUAUCUUCAGCCAGAAAUUCCUCAUAGCUGCAGUGGGGAAUGAUCACGAGGGUAUAGUCAGAGCGUUUCUCAACAAUGGCGUUGAAAUAGACUCUGAGGACAGCCAGAACUUACUCUCCAUUGCUAUUGAUAAUGGAUAUACUGAGAUUGUAAGAGUUAUUAUUGGAAGCGACAUUGAUAUAGGCCCUGAAUUCGGCCAAACAUUGUUGUCGUCUGCCGUUAACAAUGCCCAUGAGGGUAUCCUUCGACUUCUUCUUGGGAGGAUCGUUGGUAUAGACUCUCGGUUCAGCCAAUUUUUGUUGUCAACUGCAAUUAGAAAUGGCCACGAAGAUAUUGUCAGGCUUCUCCUGGAUAAGGGCUGUGACAUAUACUCGGAGGAUCACUUUGGGGAGAAUCCACUUUCAGUUGCAGUGGCAAAAGGCUAUGAGAGUAUUAUCGUUCUCAUGUUAGAGAGUGCUGAGCUUGAUUCCGACAAUGAACUCGAUCACGCUACACAUUUCAACGACCUACUCAUUAACCAAAGCAUUGACCUCAACACCUGGAGUCAGCAUGGCCAACCUUUGCUAUCAUUCGCAGCGCGGAAGGGCGAUCAACGAAUGUUCAAGAUCUUAUUGAAUAUGGGUGCCAUGUUUGACUCUCGGGAUCAACACAACCAAGCGCUAUUAUUAAUGGCAAUACAUAACGACAAUGAAGCGGAGAUCGGGGCUUUAUUGAAGAAAUGUGUCGACCUGACCUUCACCGAUGAUCAUGAUACGACAUUACUAUCCAUAACAGCAAGAAGAGGAUAUGAAGAAAUAGUCAAGCUUUUACUCAAAAAGGGCAUGGAUCCAAAUAUCGAUACCAAAGGCAAAUUCGAAUUCGAAUUUCAGAUGUCCCCAAAACGGAACAUGAUAUUAAAGAUGUUAUUCGAGUACGGGGCCCAUCCUAAUGUUCGUUGGAUGGGGAAUUUACUCCGCCAGGCAGCAAUAAGGGAAGGUAUAGAAACUGUGCAGAUUUUGGCAUAGAAUGGCGUCUGUCUAAAGAGCGGCCUGGGCUUCAUGAAACAGCGUCUACUAGCAUCGGCCGCCAGGCGCGGUUGCAAGGCGUUUGUCAGAUCGCUGUUAGAUGCCGGCGCGGAUCCAAACUACCAGGGUCGAUUCAGCCCAUCCCCACUGAAACAGGCACUGAAGGAGGGACAUGGUGAGAUAGUGGAACUUUUGCUGGAGAUGGGUGCUUGUCGAGAGGUUGAGGUUGAGGUUGCAUCGAUUUCAGAUCUAUCUUUGAGAUAGAAGAGGAACAAGUGUGAUUCUUGAUUUUGAGGGGCCUUCUACGAGAAAGAAUUCCACUCCGGGUAUCAAAGAUCCAAGGUGAUGCCUAUCCAAACUCCCAGCUUGAUAUCAUCUCUUAGUCAGUUGUGAGUUAUGGAUGCAUGCCUGCGUUACUACUUUAGGUAACAAGUCCAUCUCUUACUUCACCUCCAGUU